AGAGUUCUACCCACCGCCAGAAGACUAUACCACUCAUCUCUCUUCCCCUCUACUUCGUCUCUCGUCUUCUGUACACAGUAGAUAGAGAUAGGUCACUCUGCUCUCUUCAUCACUGUAAUCCUUCUUUCGCCGGCGACGUAUCGGUGCAGGUGGUGAGAUUAUAUAGGCAACCAUAAAUAGUUAGAUGGAUCACCAUGAGGAUGAAUGCCGUACUGGAAAUGACCAGCAAGGCAAGCAGGAUGAUGAGGAAGCUAAUGCUCGUAUUGAGGAAAUGAAGAAGUCAUUUGAGGCAAAAAUGGCUCUUCGUCAAAGCAAUUUGAAUCCUGAAAGGCCUGACUCAGGGUUCCUGAGGACACUAGAUUCCAGCAUUAAGCGCAAUACAGCUGUUAUUAAAAAGUUAAAGCAGAUAAAUGAGGAGCAGAGAGAAGGGUUGAUGGAGGAGUUGCGAAGUGUGAACCUUAGCAAAUUUGUUAGCGAAGCUGUUACUGCUGUUUGUGAUGCCAAGCUUAAAACUUCAGACAUACAAGCAGCAGUUCAGAUCUGUUCCUUGCUUCAUCAAAGGUACAAAGAUUUCUCACCAAGCUUGAGUCAAGGACUCCUGAAAGUCUUUUUCCCUGGAAAAUCUGGGGAUGACUUGGAUGCAGACAGAAAUUUGAAGGCCAUGAAGAAGCGCAGCACUUUAAAACUUCUUUUGGAACUUUUCUUUGUUGGAGUUAUAGAAGAAAGUGGAAUCUUCAUCAAUAUCAUGAAGGAUCUUACAAGUUUAGAACAUUUAAAGGACAGAGAUGCUACUCAGACAAAUUUAACUCUUCUUGCUAGUUUUGCUCGACAAGGGAGACUCUUUCUAGGGCUUCCUCUUUCUGGUCAAGAGAUUCAAGAAGAUUUUUUUAAGGGCCUUAAUAUCACAGCAGAUCAGAAGAAGACUUUCAGGAAGGCUUUUCACUCAUACCAUGAUGCCGUCACAGAACUUCUUCAUGCUGAGCAUGCUUCUCUUCGCCAGAUGGAGCAAGAAAAUGCAAAGAUUUUGAACGCUAAAGGAGAGCUCAAUGAAGAAAAUGCCUCUUCUUAUGAAAAACUGCGGAAGUCUUAUGAUCAUCUGUACCGUAAUGUUUCAUCUUUGGCAGAAGCACUUGAUAUGCAGCCACCAGUGAUGCCUGAGGAUGGUCACACAACAAGGGUGACUGGCGGAGAGGAUACUUCAUCUACUUCUGGAAAAGAUUCUUCCACCCUUGAAGCCAUAUGGGAUGAUGAUGACACUAGGGCUUUCUAUGAAUGCUUACCGGAUCUCAGAGCAUUUGUUCCAGCAGUAUUAUUGGGAGAAGCUGAACCGAAAGCAAAUGAACAAUCUGUGAAGACACAAGAGCAACCAACUGAACCUGCUUCUGAAGCAGAUCAAAGCACAUUGGCUGCCCAAGAUACCACUGAGGUUUCUGCAGAGUCUGGCAAUUUACUGGAACCAAAAACCAUAGAGAAAGGCAAGGAGAGAGAAGAGAAAGACAAGGAAAAGAUUAAGGACCCAGACAAGGAAAAAGGGAAGGAAAAAGAUUCAGACAAAAAAUCAGAAAGUGAAAAGGAGAAACUCAAAGGUCUUGAAGCCUUACUGCAAAGACUUCCGGGUUCUGUGAGCCGUGACCUUAUUGACCAACUGACUGUUGAGUUUUGUUAUUUAAAUUCGAAGUCAAAUCGCAAAAGGCUUGUCAGGGCAUUGUUUAAUGUCCCUAGGACAUCUUUGGAAUUGUUGCCAUACUAUUCACGAAUGGUAUCUACCUUGUCAACAUGUAUGAAGGACAUCCCUUCCAUGCUCUUACAGAUGUUGGAGGAAGAGUUCAACUUCUUAAUAAAUAAAAAGGAUCAAAUGAACAUUGAAACAAAGAUCAGAAAUAUUAGAUUUAUUGGAGAACUCUGCAAGUUCAAGAUUGCACAACCUGGCCUUGUUUUUAGUUGUCUGAAGGCUUGUUUGGAUGAUUUCACUCAUCAUAAUAUUGAUGUUGCUUGCAAUCUUCUGGAGACAUGUGGCCGUUUUCUAUAUCGUUCUCCUGAGACUACUUUAAGAAUGACAAACAUGUUAGAGAUAUUAAUGCGCUUGAAAAAUGUCAAAAACUUGGAUCCACGGCACAGCACACUUGUGGAAAAUGCUUAUUACCUGUGCAAACCUCCUGAAAGAUCUGCACGAGUCUCUAAAGUCCGUUCCCCACUUCAGCAGUACAUUAGAAAAUUGCUAUUCUCAGAUCUUGAUAAGUCUUCCAUUGAGCAUGUUCUAAGACAACUUCGCAAAUUACCAUGGAAUGAAUGUGAACCAUAUGUCUUAAAGUGCUUCAUGAAGGUUCACAAAGGAAAGUAUGGUCAGAUUCAUUUGAUUGCUUCCCUCACUUCUGGUUUGAGCCGCCACCAUGAGGAAUUUGCAAUUGCUGUUGUCGAUGAGGUUUUGGAAGAGAUUAGAGUUGGACUGGAAUUGAAUGAUUAUGGGAUGCAGCAGAAACGCAUUGCUCAUAUGCGAUUUUUAGGGGAGCUAUACAACUAUGAACAUGUGGAUUCAUCUGUUAUCUUUGAGACACUGUAUUUGAUUCUUGUUUUUGGCCAUGACACAGUGGAGCAAGAUAUUCUUGAUCCUCCAGAAGACUGUUUCAGAAUCAGGAUGGUUAUUACACUUCUUCAGACAUGUGGGCAUUACUUUGACCGGGGCUCUUCCAAGAGAAAACUUGAUAGAUUCUUGAUACAUUUCCAGAGGUAUAUUCUCAGCAAGGGUGUCCUACCACUGGAUAUUGAAUUUGAUUUGCAGGACUUAUUUGCAGAAUUACGCCACAACAUGACUCGGUACUCAUCUGUUGAAGAAGUUAACGCAGCUUUAGUAGAACUUGAGGAACAUGAACGUACUGCUUCAACUGACAAGACAAACAAUGAAAAGCACUCUGACACUGAAAAGCCUUCGACCAGGAAAUCAUCCAGUUCCAUCUCAGCCAAUGGACCAAGCAUUGCCAAUGGUUCUGAGGAAAAUGAUGGAAUGAAUGAGGACAUUGGUGACAGUGAUAGUGAUUCUGGGAGUGGCACCAUUGAUCCAGAGGGACAUGAUGAUGAUGAAUUGGAUGAUGAGAACCAUGAUGAUGGAUCUGAGAGUGAGGAUGAAGACGAGGAUGACGGUGGUGCACCAGCUUCAGAUGAGGAGGAUGAAGUUCAUGUCAGGCAGAAGGUGGCAGAGGUGGACCCUCAGGAAGUAGAAGAUUUUGACCAGGAACUCAGGGCUGUAGUUCAGGAGAGCAUGGAGCAGCGGAAGCAAGAGCUGCGGGGCCGACCUACAUUAAACAUGAUGAUACCAAUGAAUGUGUUUGAGGGUUCUACUAAGGAUCGUCAUGGUAGGGUUGGGGGAGAAAGUGGUGAUGAGGCAUUGGAUGAGGAGGCUGGUGGAAGCAGAGAGGUUCAAGUUAAAGUUCUUGUGAAGAGAGGGAACAAACAACAGACAAAGCAAAUGUAUGUUCCUCGGGAUUGUUCACUUGUUCAGAGCACAAAACAGAAAGAAGCAGCUGAAUUUGAAGAGAAACAAGACAUAAAGAGGCUAGUCUUGGAAUACAAUGAUAGGGUAGAGGAGGAAAACAAUGGCCUCGGGACUCAGACAUUGAAUUGGCCGAGUGGAAGUACCAAAGUUUCCGCCCGUGGCAACAUGUGGGAAGGAGCCAGUGGGAGGAACAGUGGAUCACGUCAUCGGCAUCAUAGUUAUUCAGGAGGCGGAACUUACUAUAGCAGAAAGAGGUGAGUUUUACGGACAGAGUGAAAUUUUUGACCGGCAGGCACCAUAAUUAUUUGAAAGGGUAUGCCAAACUGGAGAAGGUUUGACAUUUUCUAUGCCAUUCCCUCAUGCUCAACAGUCACGUUCUUGCAUGCAAGCAAUUUCCAUCCAUUGUACAUUUUGCUGUGCCUGCAGGAAGGUCAAGCCCACCUCUUACUGUUAUCCCUGUGAAUAGGAAUGUCUUUAACUUGCUUUGCUAGUAGCAGUGGUUGUGGUCCUUAUGGUUGAUAACAAAAGAGUGUUAGUAAAAUCGUGGAAUAUGAUGAAUUGCUAAUGACCUAUGUAGUUAUGUGGCAUCAUUGCGUCUCACUUUUAAUCUACAGGUCAGUGUGUUCACUGUUAUACAUCACUACAUCCAUCGAUAUGAAGAAAUGGAUUGAGAACUGAAGUUAUAAUCAAUAGUGUGUUAAUUAGAAUGUGUGUGGCACAUCGGUCCUGGAUUACCAUCAGAGAUGAAUUGCUGAUGACCCAUGUAAAUGGAUGGAGAAAUGGCAUUUUAGUCCGUAGAAUUUUUAUAAUACCCUUUACAGGAAAAAUAAAAUAAACUGUAAUUUUUCUG